AUGGCAGACCGAUUUCCGUCCCUCGAAGAGUUCGAUUCUGGCGCAGCACAACUCUCAUCACAAGCUGGAACACCCGGCUUCGAGACAGCCAGCGGGGACGACUUCCUCAGCCGUGAGAAGGCACUGCUAGGUGAUGACGCCGACCAAUUCGCAACAGGCAACGACAACGCAGCCUUUGUUGAGGAUGGCGACGAUGAUCUUCUAGGCGGCGGCGGUAGCAACGAGGAGGUCACGGAAUUCGAGAGCUCUUAUCCAGCUAUUGAUACGCGGAACGAGAACGUAGCCCCAGGAGGAACCAUCACCGGCACACCCGCGCCCUUCCAAUCAUCCUACCAAGCCCCAUACGCCGAAGAGGAAGAAGAGCCCGAAGUAAUCAAACAAUGGCGCGAACGCCGCGACCUGCAACUGCAAUCCCGCGAGGAGAAGUCGGAAGAGCGCAAGGCUGAAACCAUCAAGGCCGCGCAGCAAAACAUCGAUGACUUCUACGAGAACUACAAUUCGAAGAAGGAGAAGAUGAUUGCGCAGACGAGACGCGAGGCUGAGGAGUUCUUGGAGAGCAGGGAGGAUACGUCUGCCGGUGGAACUAGCUGGGAGCGGAUCGCGAAGCUGGUCGAUUUGAGUGGGAAGGGUGCUAGGGGUGGAGCGAGCGGAACUGGGAAGGAGAAGUUUAGGGAGCUGUUGAUUAGUCUGAAGAAGGAUGAGAAGGCUCCUGGUGUUACGGGCUACUAG